AUGGGAGUCGGCCAAAAAAUCCUCAAACGCCUCGGCGUAAAAUCCUCGUCAAAUUCUUCAACAACAUCACAUCCGCCGCCAGUCCCUCCCCAUCCAAACCCUCCAGUCUGGUCACCCACAACCGCCCAAGGCACCGCACCCACGCAAUCCGCCAGCCUCAUAAUCCACCCGGACGAAAGUGACAUCUCAACCGACAGGUUCAACGGCACCUACAUCCGCCUCGCCCGCUGUUCCAACGGCACAAUCCUCGCCGGCUUCACAUGGCGCGAAGGCGGCCGAAUGGACGCCCUCCGUAUCCUCAAGAUAUCGCGUAGUCUCGACGGCGGACAGUCAUUCCACGACUUCAGCGAAGUCCACCGCGGCCACGGCGAGAUCGACAACCUUCACAUUCUCGAAAUUGCACCCGAGGGCCACAUCCUCGCCGCUUUUCGUAAUCAUGACUUUGGCCAUAAUCGUGCCGGCGAUUUAGCAGGGAUCACGCAUUUCCGAAUCACAGUAUUCGAGUCGAGAGAUGGCGGCGCAACGUGGCGGUAUUCAUCAGAGGCAGUGCAAAAAUCGGAUCCGCCGCUGGGCGUCUGGGAACCGUUUAUGCGGUUGGGUCUGCAAGGGGAGGUGCAGCUCAUAUAUUCGCAUGAAUUUGCGCCGGACGAUCAGCGUACGAUGCUAGUCAGUUCAUAUGACCGUGGAAAAUCAUGGUCUCAGCCCCGUUGCAUUGAAGGGUAUCAAGACCGGUUCCGAGACGGUAUGACGGGGAUCACGCAAACAGUCGAUACAGCGACGGGCCAGAUUGUGCUGGUAAUGUGCUUUGAGACAACACGGUACGCGCCCCAUUUCAAUGUCGAGGCGGCUGUUUCGUACGAUGAUGGCGCGACAUGGCUGCAUCGUCAUCAGGUGUACACGCCGCGACGAAAGGGGCAUAAUGCGGGUGCACCGCAAAUCGCGUCCUUUGGAGAUGGGUCAAUGGUAUGCGUGUUUAUGACAGAUGAUGAUGCCGAGCAGGUGAAAUGGAUACAUAAUGCGGCUGUCAAAGUAUGUUUUGGCACUGCGCCACACGCCGGAAGGAUUGUGUGGAGUGAUCCUGUGGUUGUGUCGCCCGCGUCCAGUUUUUGGCCGGGUGUCAUGGCGUUGGAUGAGAGGAGGGCGUUGGUUACGUAUGAGCAUGGAGGGCCGAGGGGGAGGACUGUCGUUAGGCCUUAUUAA